AUGGACUGUGUCUACAGCAGUGGGGUGCUGGUUAUACAGCACCUCCAGAACAACUACAGGGAAUACCACGACUUUCUCAACUUCAUGUCAACUGUGGGAGACCCUCGUAAUAUUUUCUCUGUUUAUUUCCCCCUCUGGUUCCAUUUCAGCCAUAAUGUGGGCACAAAGAUGAUAUGGGCGGCUGUUAUUGGUGUUAUGGUAAGCCAACUCUGAGGUUAAUAUUUUACCUCUCAAAGCAUUUUUGUCUAUUUAUAGAUUUUAAUUAUUCUGUUCGGGCAGCGACCUUACUGGUGGGUGCAAGAAAGUCUUGUCUACCACAACGACUCAUUCCCACAUUUGGAGCAAUUUCACAUCACGUGUGAAUCAGGGCCAGUAGUGAUUUCUUCAUUACUGUUUGUGUCUAAAUAUUGCCAUCCUUGCAGGUUUUGUCUUCUGAGGUCAUGUUUGUGGAUGUCUUUUUGGGUCAUUCAGAUAACCGUUUGCAUCUCCAGGGUUUUUAUUGCAACACAUUUCCCACAUCAGGUUAUACUUGGCCUUUUAGCUGAUAUGUUGGUUGCUGAGGCGUUUGAUCACAUCCCCUCAGUUUACAAUGCAAGCUUGAAAGUGUACCUCCAGACCAAUGUUUUGGGAGCCCUGUUUGGUCUGGGUCUGGCAGUGAACUCUCAGAUGUUCAUUCAGAGCUGUAAGAGCAAGAACGGCUACAAAACUAGAUUUAAACUCAUGUGUGUGACAGCAACUCUCACAUCCCUGCAACUGUAUGACUUUAUCAAAAUGCCCACUCACACUGAGGUUCUGUUUUACAUUUUAUCAUUUUUUAAGAGCGCUUCAGUUCCUCUUGGUGUGGCUGCUGUUAUUCCUUACUGUGUUCAUUUGUUGAUAGAAGACGAGGACAGGAAGUUAUCUUAG